AUGGAAUCAGAUAACGAAAGCGACAUAAAAAAGGAAUUUUUAGUGGUUGAUCAGACAUUCGGUGCCGUCCAAACCGUAGGAGAUACUAUCACCCCAUUCGUUCCCUUAUUCAGCAUGGUUACUAACAUAUCUGAAAAAACGUUAUCAAUCCAUAAAAAUGCGGAAUGUAAUGAAAAAAUAUGCAUGGCUCUAUUAGAUCGUGUUGAAAUUGCACAAACAGCUGUUAAAUCAUUACAACGAAAAUAUCAGGCAUAUGAAGAAUAUUUUAGAAACCAAGACUAUUAUAAUACUUGGGUUAAGUUUGUUAAUGUUUUGGAUAAUAUUAGGAAAUUUGCUGAAGAAGUUACGCAAUUGUCAUGUUUGCAAAGGGUUUUAAAUCCAAAUACUGUUAAAUAUGCAUUUGAAAAGAAUAUUAAAGAAUUUGAAGAAGUUUGUAGCGAUUUAAGUUUCACCAUUGCUUUAUAUAAUCCUAAACAAAGAGAAAUGGAGCAAAAAGAUGUUGCAAAAGAUCUUGAGAUUAUGAAAAGGGAUGGAUUCAAAUCUGAAAUUAGUUUAGUAAUAAAGGAAAUUACUUCGUUAAUAUCAAACGCAAAUUAUCUGGCCUCACAAAUCAAUAAUGUACAACACUGGGGUGGUAAAAUUGACGUAGAUAAAAUGAGACCACUGAACGAAGAGUAUAAAGCUCCCAGGAUAGAUCCAAGUGAACUAAAAGAACCAUAUACUUCUAACGAUAACGUUCGUGGAUCCGGGAAAACUAUUCAUAGCAACAGUAAUCUCGAUCAAGCAAAGAAUAAGAAACAACAAAUGGAAUUAGCUGCACUUCUCAAAUUAGAUUGUUGUCCAUUUAUUAUCAAAUUUUAUGGGAUUUCGUCUGUGGAUAAUAGUCAAGUUAUGGUUUACGAUUGGGCUGCAUUUGGAAAUCUGCACGAAACAUAUUUAAAAUUUGAUAUCGGAUGGCCUACAAAAUUGCAGUUUGCACGUGAUAUAUUUAACGGUCUAUUUUUCAUGCAUCAAAGUAAUAUUUAUCAUCAUGACGUACGUUGUGAGAAUAUCUUGGUUACUGAUGGAUUUGAGCCUAAGAUUUCAAAUUUCCAACUCGCUAGAUCUAUAUCGACACCGGUAUCCUCUGAAAUUAAAACAUUGGCUGAUAUUAUUCGAUGGCUAGCACCCGAAAAGAUGCGAAGAUCUGCAAAAG